CUUCAUGGUGGAGACUUCUUGCGAGACAUAGGUUUCCAACCAGAAGGAGCGCUGCACCUGCCGAUUCUGCAAGUUGUGCGGCUUCCUUCGUGGGGAGGGAGCACUUCGCGUGCAGCUACUGCGCCCUUGUCAUCGCAGCCUGUGCAGCAGGCAUCGGGAUCUGGGCGCCAGAGCAAGCUUACGCCGGCACAAGCAAGACAGCCCAACUUGCCGUUGGCUUCCCAGAGAAGGGGUCAAUCCGACUUCAUGGACAUGGUGCGGGAGUUCAAUGAAGGUUCUUCUAUCCCGCAGCCAAGUCCUGGGUCUGAAACGCCUGACCUGCUGCAGCGGCACCUCCACAAGGAAACUCCGGCGAUCGAUCCCAGCAGUGAACUGCUUGCAGCCAUCGCUUCUCGGCCGACGUUGCCUAGCCGUAGCACCAGCCAGCCAAGACCUGACAAGGCUGAGCACCUGCGAACCAACAUCCUGGAAGACUUGUAG